AUGACCACCCACACCGUCUUCCGCCUCCCCUCCCUCGGCGCCAUCACCAACCUCACCCGCCAAACCGAGCCCCUCCCCACCAUCUCCAAGCACGAGGUGCUAAUCCGCAUCCGCUCGGUCGCCCUCAACUCGCGGGACCUCCAAGUCGCGACAAACACCUACCCUGCGGCGACCAAGAACGAGCUGAUCCCGUGCUCCGACGGCGCCGGCGACAUCGUGUCCGUCGGCUCCGAAGUCAAGGAUCUGAAGGAGGGCGACCGCGUCGUCAUCUCGUUCGACCCCAUGCAUCAGUAUGGGCCGCAGAAGGACUUUUUGAGCUGCCAGGGUGGUGCGGCGGAUGGCACGUUGGCGCAGUAUGUGGCCCGCCCCGCGACGGGGGUCGUGAAGGUGCCGGAGGGAGCGCCGCAUUCGUAUGCGGAGCUGGCGAGUUUGGUCUGUACGGGUGUCACCGCGUGGAAUGGGUUGUAUGGCAAUGUGCCGUUGAAGCCGGGGCAGGUGGUUUUGCUGCAGGGCACCGGAGGCGUGGCCGUGACGGGCCUCAUCCUCGCGAAAGCAGCCGGCGCAACGACGAUCAUGACCUCGUCCAGCGACGAGAAGCUGGCGCAGAUCAAAUCGAAGUUCCAGCCCGACUACACGAUCAACUACAAGAAGACGCCGGACUGGGCCGCCGAAGCGAUCAAGAUCACCGGCGGCAAGGGCGUCGAUCAUAUCCUCGAGAUCGGCGGUCUGGGGACCAUCGAGCAGAGCAUCAAGGCCAUCACCCCUGGUGGUGUCAUCAGCGUGAUCGGGUACCUGGCGGGCAGCGACAAGGUGGUUGAUGUGCCGCUGCAGGCGCUGUUGAAGACUUGUGUGGUGCGUGGCGUGCUGAUCGGUCCGAAGUGUAUGUUGGAGGACCUGGUGACGUUUGUGUAUCGCAAGGAGCUGCGGAUGCCGGUCGAGAAGGAGUUUGGGUUCAGUCGGGACGAGGUCAUUGCUGCUUAUGAGUAUUUGAGAUCGGGGCAGCAUGUUGGGAAGGUUUGCAUUCGGGUGGAUUAG